AUGAAUAUGUUGGAUGAUGAAGAUGACCAAAGCUUUCACGCUACGCGUGACGGCUACUCCCAUUUGAGCGAUUUCGAAUGGGAUGCGGUUGAACGGAUGGGUUCAACCAUGGGCAACCAUGCUGUAAGCGUCAUGCUAGAGGCUCUCAAUAGAGAUGCCCAACAUGCUACUAUCGCCAAGUUCAUUCAAAAUGAACUUGACACUGAACGCGAGAAAGUAGCCUUGCUUCACCAAAAAGGUUCUCAACAAGCAGAGUUGUUGAGAGAACAGGGUGCUCAACAGUCUGAGCUGUUGAGACAGCAGCAGGCUGCUGCUGGUGGGUCGAUGCACUCGCGUCGACCCGAAACCUUGAAGAUUGACAUCUCCAAGUAUAGGGGAGUCGAAGAGGACUCCCUCUUGAGAAUGGUUCGUCGAAUUGGAUGA